AUGAUCACCGACGCCCAGCUCUACUCGCUCGCCCUCUUCCUCGGCUGCGCCGCCAUGCUCCUCAUCGUGCUGUACCACUUCCUCGAGGUGAACGCCGUUGAC